GAGGGGAUGGCAGCAGGGCUGCUGCUGCUCUCGGGUGAAGGGAGGGGUGCCCGGUUUUCCUCCAGUGUCAGCUUAACAGAGCUCGGGGGUCGGCCCUGGGGGAAGUAACGACCUCCUCCUGCCCCGCCGGACACUGGUGGGUGGGAGUGGGGAGUGAGUGGGGUCCACAGCAGGGCUCCACGUUGGCAGAAUGCCCUGGGGCAGAGGUGCCCGAUUUCCUUCUACGUUCGAUACCAGAAUGGGUCGUGAACCGUAAACAUUCCCAAAAGUGCAGUGUGAUGGCAAGAGCAGUUGCAAACGUUAGGUCUGGGUCAUGCUUGUUUCCAGAAACCUUCCCCGUGUGCUCUGCAGAGCCCUUUCUCUUCCUGGGUUCUUUUUGCGGGUGCGUGCCCUGACGAUUGCUAUCACCAUCCCUUUCUAGCAGUACCUCUUUGUGGUUUUCUCCUCUUUUCAAUGUACCUGUCCACGGAUCUCCUCUCUGACUGGCAUCCCUGAGACUCGCCUCCUCCAGCACACGGCCAAUACGAUGGGGGAGUCCUUGUUCAAACCCCACGUAUAAACCCAGGUCUUCAUUUUCUGGAAGUUAUUUGGCUAUCACUCUUUUGUUGCUGCCUUCUGAAUAACUGUAUAAUAAGCUUUGUUGUGGAGCGUGGGAGGAUUCCUCACGGAUACGCUAAUUAAUGAAGUGCAUAUAUAUGUGUAUAUAGCGGAAGUUACUUUAAAUGUAAGUUUGCAUAGUAAUGGCCCAUUAAGCUGAUUUUAAAGAUUUUUGCCUUCCAGAUUGUAUGCUGUCACUUUGAAGCGGGGAAGUCGCGUGCUGUGAAAGGGGGACCUGGCUCCUCCACUCCGUGUGCUGCACACAUCAGCUGUGGUGAGCUCUGUGUCUCUGGCAGUGAAGUUCAGCACCGUGUUUCACUUCUUCACGACCUCAGCUCUCUCUGUCUUUCAAAAACAUGCUUUGUCUUGAGACGUUUAGGCCCGUUUAAUACUAAAAUUGAUUAGAAACUGUUUAAACCCUCCUCCUGGCACAUUAUUUCUUGAUUUGUUCCUGCUUCCUAUUUUACGAUGGUUUAUUGCUCAGCGCUGAACUGCCAAAAUGCCACCAGCGGGGUGUACAAGAACAGUACCGUUACUUUCUAUGGCUUUCCUUUACAAAAUAAACCUCUCUUGAAGCAGUGGAUCCAGAACAUGGGCCGGGACAUGGGAACACCGUCCAAGCAUCAGCGACUGUGUUCGAAGCAUUUUGAGGACAGUUCUUUUGAAAUUGACCCCUUAAAAAUUAGAAAAAACAGACGUCUGCUGAAAGAAGCUGUUCCCAAAAAAUUCGUUUUGGGGGAAGAUGGAAACUGGCUCGUUGGCACACCCCGAAGUUUCUGUGGCGGGAUAAAUAAUAAAACUCGAAAACGAAUCCGGAACCCUGAGCACUUGAGGGUCCCUGGGACAUUUGAUAAUGCUGCAGCGCGGGAGGGGAAGGACUUGGAAGACUGGCAGAAAGAGCUUUACAAGAAAGUGAUAAAGGAGAAUUAUGAAUCUUUAACCACAUUGGUUCCUUGUGCAGACUAUGCUGUUCCCAAAAGCAAUAUCCAGCCAAAAGAAGUGCUGCAUGUCAAGGAUCAGCAGGAUUUUGAGGAAAAGGCGAUUCCUGCAAGUCUUGGCGCAGGCUGUGGUGGUACUGUGAUCAGAUCCGAGUUGCAGAGUCACUCAAAGAGUACAGAAAAUACAGAACUGCAUGGAUCAUUCUCAGGAGGAUCCCGAGACCUGACUUGCCAAAUUUCAGACAAGGGGGUAACAUCUGAGAGUCAUCAGAAUUCAGCAACACAUCAGGCAAAUCCAACGGGAAACAGAAGAGGUAACAGCUCUUUUGAGGAAGGAGAACCUAAUGAAUUCAAAGAGAUUUUUUUUUAUCAGCAAACCCAUACAGGAGAAAGGCUGUAUCUGUGUACAGAGUGUCAGAAGACUUUUAAAUUGAAAAUUGGACUUCUAAAACAUAAGCAAAUUCACACUAAAAAGAAUCAGGUAUCAUCAUAUAUCUGCACAGACUGCGGUAGAAACUUUGGUCGCCAUGCGGACUUGAUUCGCCACCAGAGAACUCACACAGGGGAGAGGCCUUACAAGUGUACAGAAUGUGAAAAAAGUUUUAUGGAAAAACCGAGACUCACUAAUCACUUGCGAACUCAUAACAUACACAUGUAAUUGGUGUGCCAAAAGCUUUCCUGGGAUAGAUUUUUUUUUUUCAUUCAGUUGUCAAAAAAUCCCUCUCCAUCCGGAGAUGAUGGCUUACAGUCAUACAUCGAUUAUAGGAGAAGCUUUAGGAUAAGACAGUUUUACUAAACUGAAUCAAAUUCAGGCAUGAAAGGCAUCUGGUUGGUGCCGGCCUAACAGUCAUUGAUUAGGACCUGAUUUUAAUUAGAGGCUAGAUGAUUCAUAUCUGGGAGGAGGACUUGUAUAGAGCAGUGCUGACUGUACAAAAAGCAUUAUUAAAAAACUCCUCUGGUGCACCGGACAGCACGUGCUAGAGAAUGUCCGUAUUAAUGCAGAAAAAUGCUGGAAGUUUUUCAGGUAUGAGAAGACUGAGGAAAUGUCACGAUCAGAACAGGAUUGUCCACAGAGCUAUAAGCAGGAAAUGGAGCUUCUAAGAGCGUAGGUUAAGGUGAAUGGUUGGGUUUGAUGUAAAAAUAGCAACAAAAAAAAGUUAGUUCAGCAGUUACAGUCAUAGGACAGUAGUGGUGGCAGUGAAAGCGCUGUCACAUGGAAAUAAUGACCAGAAUCAGUUACCUCAAACAUCUAUUUACUGGGGGUUUAAUUUCUGAGACUCUGAAAAAGAGCUUGGGUGCAUUCUUAACAUAUGUGCAAGGUAUAGGUAACGUUAUAAGCUAAAAAGAAAGCAGUGGCUUCAGCGGCAGGGACAAGAUCAGCAUACCGGAGGGGAGUCCUGCAGAGACAGCAUUUAUAGAUCACGCAUCUUCUCUCCACAGGCUGGUGAUACUCAGCAUUUUUGCUUAUUCCAGUUGAGUGCAAAGAUUAAAAAAAUUGUGUUGCCUCCUGUUCAAGCACCUGCUUUGCAGUGAGCCCGUGAGUGAAGUCGAUGUCCUCAGCUUCCUGGGAGGAGAAGUAGAGCAAGAAAAAGCUGGUGCUGUAGUGGAGUUUGAUAAGUUCUGAAAGGGAUUGGGGGAAUACACUUGGCCCCAAGGGAUCCCUGCCCAUCCCAAAUAUGGCAGUAAUGUCCAGAAAACUCUUUUAUCCCUGGCUUCUCAUUAUUUCUUUCUCAUAAUUGCCCUGGGGACAGCUUUUGUUUUAUUCUUCUCCCGUGCAGCUUAAUGCCUUAGUGGUCACAAGUACACUGUGUGCUCCUGAAUGAGGAUUCUUUGGAGCAAGGUGAUUCCUUGUGGAGCAAAUCCUGUAAAACACUAUCCUACCAAAACUGCAGUUCCCUCUGUGAAACAGUCGAAGAACACUUGAAUAGCAGGGCUGAGUCUGGCAUGUGGUCACACACCUGCAGUGGUUCAUUCAGGAGCUGCUGAAAGUAAAUCUUGGAUGAAAGACCUCGCUCUGCCUCCUUCCCCCACUUGCAAGCACAGAGCUAAGGAGCAUCCGACCAGGCAGCAGCGGUCACUUAAAUCUGAGAUUUUGUUUGCACUGAAAUAGAAAUAAUCACCUUGUUUAGAUGUUUAAGUGGAGACAGAUUAAAUGGACUUAGAGAUGGAAAGCCACGCAGGCAGUGUAGCUCCCCAAAAUGACGACAGUGUAGCGUUUCACUUGCUCAAAAUGCUGAGCGAAGCUUAAACAACAAAAUUAAGCAAACAUGUUGGAAGUGGUUCAGUAAUAAAACUAGGUGUCUCCCACGUGAGAAGCAUCGAAGGGCUAGCUCCUCAGGUUAGCAGCGGGCAGGGUGAGGGCGAACAGCUACAGGAGUUGUGAUUGCUGUAAUGCAUAUUCAGUGGUCCUGUUUUUACAGUAAAAGUUCCAAUGUGCAGGGGAAAUCCAGAGUCGGACCCUAUUGAAAUGACUUGUGUCCUGAGAAAUAAGUGACAGAAGAACUGAGAAGAGAUGUUGUAUCUAUGAUUUGGUGAAAACUUUUGCAUCAGUUUUCUUUUGCCUCUAAGCAGAAGGGCUCUGGUGUGGCAGGUGGAUUUCUCCCAACAUCCUGACCCUCUCACCUGAAACUCGGAGCACACGUGGGGAGAAAUGCAACUUCUUACGGCAUCUCACUGCACCGGCUUGGUGAGGUGUUCUCUGCUUAAAGAGUGCGGAGAUGUUAAUCCAGCUUAAAAAAAGAUAAGCUUUGUUGGUUUUGUUUUUAAUAUAGACCCUCCUUCCUGUUCCACUAAUGGUGGUAGGAAUUUUGCCUUGAUUGAGCCUCGGCUUAGCCCAGAAUGAUUAAACAAAUAGUUUAUGUGCGAGAGUAAUUGUUCCCUCUACAUGUUGCUGUUACACUUUAUAAAGUUAAAAAAUAGUUAUUUUUGAAGCUGUAUUUAAACAUUGUGUUUCCAGUCUCCAUGGAAAAAUAACACUAAAAUGUAAAACAUUAAAGAUUUAUGCCCAGUGGUAAGGGAUGUGAAACAUUAAUGCACAGAGGUUACUGGGGGCAUUUCUGUUCCUUCUAUACCCAAGGAGCAAUUCACUGUAGAGCAAAGCAGCCCGUUUUCAAGAAGACCUGAGAGGUAUGAUGCCCUCCUGUGGGUCCCCUUUUACUGGGCAGGGCAUCUCAUCAGGUAUCUUGUGUUCUGAUGCAGCAUUGUCCCCCUUGUCACCAUAACUAAAUAACCUGCACGAUGAAUGUGCUGCUUAAAUUUAAAAAGAAAAAAAAAAAGUAGCAUAAGGUAAGCAUCAGAAAGCACGGCAAGAUAAAACAGUUAUUCCAGUCCAAAGCUCAGGCUAAGGGAGAACAGGAGAAACGUGACUGAAGUGAGGUAAAAACUGGGUAACUGUCACUUGGUAUCUGCUGGGGUACUUGGGAUGUUGAGGUGGGUAACAAGUAGAAGGGUUGUAGAAACUGGCCAUUCCUUGCCCGAGUCUUUUCCCAGGAACGCGCAUGGGAAUUGUGAGAUUCUCUGAAUUCCUCUCUAGGAAAUUCUAUUCUUUUGUGCAGGGAGAGUAAGAGUUUUUCAUGGACAAUGUAAGAUACCUAAGCUGAGAAUCCAUGUGCUUGCCUUGAGAAAUAAUGUUCCUGCAUUCGGAAAUACAAACAAAUGCAUAAAAUCUUUGGUUUGUGCAGUCAGAGGAAAAAAGCCAGAUCUUUAGCAAGAUAGGUUUUCUUUAAAGAGAAUUUGCAACACAUUUAUUUAUUUAUUUUUAAAAAGCUUUAGGUCAUGUUUAAUCUGCAAAUGUUAAACUCGCCCUGCCAUGUACCACCUUGUCAGGAGCAGCGGUAACAGAAACAUGUCUGAGAAUAAAGCAUUUUUAGUUUUAAGAGCCCCUACAUUCUCUAACCGGUAGAAACAAGGUCAGGAUGUGGCAUGUGAGGCUUUUCUGCCCUUUCUCUUUUAAUUAGGCUUUAUGGAUUGCCGUCUGAAGUGUCCUCUCCCAUUCUGUUCUCUGCAAUUUGCAAAUUGAGAGGUCUGGCAUUUCAUGAUUAAUGUUUAUAAAAGAUUAUUUCUUUUUAAAGUU